UCAAGUGUCAACUCAUCGAGGCGACGUGAUUUAGUCGAAAGCUGUCCGCUGACCAGUUAACAAGGACCUUAAGCAACCAAGACGACGAGCCGAGUGGACGCCGACCGGAAGUGUUCUCUCGAAGCCGGCAACUUCUGGGCAUGUCAGUGAUGUUGUCCACUUGGCGUUCAGGACGUGACAUCUGUUGAUUUGCCGUUCUCAGGUGAACGUGAGCAUUUAAAGCAAUCUUUGUCGUUUCUGUGCCAAUUUUACUUUGUUUAAUACCAAUGUUCGAAAAAAGGAAACCUGUUUUGUACUUUUUGCCGAAGGUUGGGCCGUUGGAGGAAAGAUUGCGAGAGAUUUUCGGUAAACCGUGAGCCGUGGUUUUCAAGGCUUCGGCGGGAAAGAAUCUGUGAGUAAAAGCAGGUAAAAGUAAAAUGUUUAAGUUCUCGUUAGAUGCUUCUGAACUGUAAUCCGUUUCCAGAAGCACUUGAUUUAACUGGAAAAGGAAAAGGCGUUGAUACUCGGAACCCUUGCAUGAAAGAGACCGGCUAAAAAUCCCAAGGAAAAUCUCUCGAAGCAUUUUCAUCCACGCCGUUUUUUUUUGUUUAUAUGUUUUGAGAUGUACAUGUCUGCCUCUCGAAAGUAAGAUUUUCACUAUAUUUCGUAUAUAGUGUUUCCGGUAAACUUGAUCGACGUGAAUAGAGUCGUAUAUCCGUAGUAGAUAAAUGAAUGGGACUGUACGGAAAUCUUGCCUUCGGCAAUUAACUCCUGUAAAAUGUAUAGAACAACAAAACCAGCUCUGUUCUGUUUGAUUCGAUUCAAGCCUUUUCAUUUGAUAAACGGUUUACGAUUUAAAUCCUUCGCAGAGUAGGAAAAACUCUUCCUCGUUAAUUGUGUUGUUCUUAACGCUUAACUGAAGAAGCAACCCUCGUAUAUCUUUAAACGAAGCCAUUCAGUGCAGUCUACCUACUUCAGCGAUGAGCCGAGACGGGAGCUUGCUUAACAUUUGUUUUUCCGGCUUUGGACGACGUUCUAGACCCAGACCUCACUCGUCUUCUCUCGUCGUUGUCCAUAAACUCGUCCAGGCUGCUUAAGGUCCCUAAUUGUUUUACUAGAUCGCAAUCAAUGUUCAAUGUCAUAUCAAUCUCAUAGAAAAUAAAGUUUUCUAUUCUAUGAGAAACCUAUAGGUUUCUCAUUCUAUUCUAUUCUACUUUUUUAGCUAAUGUAGUUCGAGAGCGCGGGAAAACCGAUGAUGCACACAUAUUGGGCAUCAAUGUUGUGAUCAAUUGACAGCUGUCAAAACGGGGUAUCCGCUGACCAGUGUCACUUGACCGUAUCGCGGGCUAAGGUGUCGACCCAUCGAGGUCAAGUAUUUUUUGAAGUUAUCCAUAGACAAGUUACUAGUUUUCAAAUGAUCGCAGGCUCAAGUUUAAUUUUUUUAAAAAUUCAUAUGAAAUAUGCCCUUUAUUUCUGCCGCACAAUUAAAAUUUUGAUUUCAAACUGACCUCGGACUCGAAAAUUCAGCCAGCCAUUACAGGCAGGGAAGGCAGUUGCUUUUGACUUUGCUCACUAUGAUCACGCGUUGGUCACGUUCUUCGUCCAAUUUUUAUGCUGUGAUUGGUCAAAAUUUGACAGGUGAGUUCAAGCGGAAAAUUUAUGUUGCAUCUUGAAUCUUGUUUACUUUGACAGCUGAAGCUGACAGGGUUUUGUGUCAACUUAUGAUGUUUUUAACUGUCUUUUUCCAUUGGAUGUACAAAAUGAAAUCCAGCUGCUGUUAGGAGUCUUCUGUUAUUGAUGGCUAGUUGGUUACUGGGAUUGUGGUUGAGAAAUACAUCACUUGUCAAAGUCGGAAAUCCGAUUUCGGAUGGCAUCGUUUUCGUUAAAAUAAUUUUUUACAUUGCUUGAUGUUUUAGAGGGUUGCAAAGUCUGAAGCGAUACUGACCUUACUUGAUACCUUUCAGGGCUGCAUCUCGAAUGGUAAGCCUGAGUAUUGUAUUUGAUGUAUGUUUGUUUUUUUAUAUCUAAUUUAAUGAAGUCGAGCGCAGUUUAUGUGGCUAUUUUGAUUAUGCUCGUUUGUAAGAUUUGAGACAAAGGUCUGACCGAGUAUCAGGUUUGAUAUAAGCUUACAGAACUUUAAAAAGCCUUGAGACAAAAGAAAAGCUUUAAGCGAUUUUCUUGCCUCGAGUUCAUCUUUGAAGAGAGCAAACACCGGGAAGCCGGCUUAAAACAUAAACUUAAGCUUUAAGCUUUAAGCUUGAAGACUCAGGAUUCUUACUUGUCUUCGUGAAUGAAAAUUGUUGUCUCUGUAUAUGUUUCACCGAAUUAUAUUUCUUUUGUUGAUUGUUAGUAUUCUCUCUUGUAAUUUUAAUCGCUGUGCCGUUUGUUCUCAGUUAACCUGAGAUCAGGCUCAAUUUUCGUUUUGGUUUGUAAUAACAGUCCGACGGGCAAGGCGAAAAGAAAAGAGAGCCUAAUACAAAUCUUCUACGAAACGUCUGCCGCCCACUUUUUUGAUUGGUUGACAUCUGCCGAAUCAGCCAACCAAAAUUACUUCCGUCGCUUGUAUUUCUAGUAUGCACGUUCUUCAUGCGUGGGAAAAAUACAGACUGGCUGACUUAAAAAAUAGCUUUUACCUUUUGAUUUUUUCAGCUUAAAAUAAAGCAGUCAGCACAAUCACAUGAAACUUCUUGCGAGAUUAAAGGAAAUCUCAAAGGUUAUUUCUGUUGACGUAGAAGAUAAAACGUUUUCGAAAAGACGGCGACACGAUGUUCUACUAGUAUUUUGGUUAGGCGCGCUCGAAUUUUAAAUACUGAAAUUUCUAUUUUUCUGUUGCCUUAAUAUUUUCAUGAAUCAAAAAUAUGAAUUUUCUGAAUUUCCAUGGCACAUAAAAGGCAUAUUUUCCUACCAUAAGACCAUAAAACAAUAAAAAAGACAGCAAAAUCAAUUCUUCUCUCCGCCGACGCGGAUCAUUCACGAAAAAAACCACGCGAGGAAUACGCGCUUUCAACUUCCGGCGUUUCCGACAGCCAAUCAGAUGUUGUGGCAUUGGUCCAACAGCCAAUCAGCGUUACGGCAAAAAUCUGGCCGUAACGAGUAAAAACGUGAGAGAGUUUGUAUCAGGCCCAAUUUUAGCGGUAACCGUUAGAGAGAGUGUAUGAGAACCGCUAAAAUUGGGCCUAAUCUCAGGUUAGUUUUCAGUCGUUCAGUGAACAUCGCUUGCAGGAGAACUCAAAAUGCCGCGCGUAUCAAACGCUUUUGAAGAUUACACGUCGAUAAAUUAAACCAUAAUAAAUAACCAUAAUAAAUUCUUUAUUAUGUUGAAGAGUAACUUUGUUAAUGUUCAUUCAAACACGACCACAGCUCGCUCUGCAAAAGUGAGAACCGGCUGGCCAUAUAUAGGGGAUUUUGGAAAUUUUUCUGUACGGAUUUCGUGACGUGUUGACACAAAAUAACAUUGACCGAAACCAGCGUUCCUCAGAAAGACCAUAAGCCGUGUCGUUCAUACAGCUGAGUCUAAAAGAAAGAAUGAAACUUGUUUACGAGAUCAUUUUGCUCAAUAUAAUUUUAAGAAGUCACCUCCUUUCUGAAAAUCUGCAAUAAAAUUAUGCUUCACUCAAUGUUAACAUUAUUUAUGUUAUGCACGAUUACGGAAUUUUGCGUGAGAUCUUUGGCUCUCGACAACCAAGGGCAAAAAUAUUGUCAAACGCUUGGCAAUAAGCCAUUACUGGCAAUGAAUAGUCUGAGAACGCAAAAGGGUAUUGACCAGUACCUAUUUUCCCGGGGGAAAACAUUCACGCCGUAUGUAGUGAUAGUUUGUUUCACUCGGUAUACCUUGCUUUUUCAAUAUGUUUGUCUUCUAUUUCCGAUUUGUUUGCCGUGCGUUAUCUUUGAUAUGUAUGUGACAAGGAUACAUGCUGUGUCGUGACACACCACACAGCAGAAAUUCGCGUCGCUUGGCUUGUUUACGUUCGCACGUAUUGCGUGAAUAUUGCAACUUUGAAUCAAAACAAGCGUUCUCGAUUACUCUAUCUGGGCGACGCCCAAAUAAAAAGGUAGAUUCAUCAUUCUGAAGCACUCAAAAAAGCUCAUGCACGUAAAAAGUGCCUAUGUUUUGCUUCCUGCGACUGGGAAUCCCAGAACUGGGCAUAACGUGAUGGACAAAAUGACGUAUAAAUUUGACGUCGUUAUGAAUCCUACUGCUCAAAUUAUUGGCAGAAUCCAUUUUUCCCCCAAAGUGGACAAAAAGCGAAAGUUACUUGUACAGUAAGGCGUCAGUCUGAUAAAAUUAAGAAGUGAGCUAACAUAUUAAUUAAUAAUCUUUAACAGUAGCAGUGAUAUCAUGAUGACGCCAUUUAUUACUAAAAAGGACCGAGAUCAGCCGCAUCUUGGAUCCACCAUUUUGAAUAAAUUAAAUGUAUUUCAUUUUGCUCAAAACACGAAAAUCGUGUCAGUGUUAGAAUUAAAGGAGGCAAUAGGAAGCAAAAAACCUUUGAACUUAUUAUUGAAAAAUGAUUUAUCACUUAUUAGUGCCAUAUCCGUUUUCUUGUAUAAUUUACGAGUCGGAAGUGGGAUCUAACUUGAAGCAUACUUCUUUCUUAUUAGGAACAUGUCCAGGCUUGCCGGCUCCGCAAUUGCACAGGGACCAAAUGUUGGCCGAAUUGAUCGAUGGUCAGAGUGGAAACCAACGGAUAAGAACAAACGUUGGUUAUUGCUAUCAGGUGCCACAAAUCCACCAAAAGGGAUUGAAAUUUCCAAGCGAAGACCAAGAGAUGCCCCUGGAGAUGCUAAUGGCGCAUUUCUUUCUGGUGUCUCUCGUGAUUUAGUCAACAUGCAGGAAUUAAUUUCAGCAGAGCUCUAUAACAUAGUCCAAGAUCUUUAUCUAACCAAAAGUAAAGCUCUUGAACACAUUUCUAAAUUGUUUGCAAUUUGCAAGGAUGAGAAAGCGCAUCCUAUGUUGUACUAUACUGGGCAUGGCGAGAUUGGUACAGGAAACUGGUGUUUUGCUGAUGGGAAAAUCAGCAUCAACGAAAUUUUGAAACAGCUACCUGAAGACUGUUUCUACCCGAUGAUCUUCAGCGAUGCCUGUUACAGUGGCCACUGGGCAAAUGUUUGUCUCAACAAGAAAAUUGAAGGUUUUGAGUGUCUUUCAGCCUGUCCGGAUUACUCAACCGCUUUUGACACGGGAGGUGCGUUAAUCAUAUAUAAUUCGACCUCUAGAACGUAGCAAAAUGCGUUUCAGUUUAAUCCUCGGACGUACACGCAAAGUCAAUCUCCCACCGUAGCACUCAAGGCUCAUUGGUUGGUCCUGAGGUGCUAAAGGGGUAUCUUAUAUGGAUAGAAAUAAAUCGUCUUGGUAUACGCGCCGUUCCCAAGUGGAUGAUCUUUGCAGCUCAUUGAAGUUAAUGGCUGCAGGGCUUUUUCCUAAAUUGUCG